CAAAAGGCGGAAGGGUGACGCAUGGGCUGACGGCGGGGUCAUUGAGCCGAGCCCGAGGAGCCUGGGGCCGGUGGAAGUUCAGCGGGACGCGGGUCUGCUCAGUAUGGAGGCGGCUGCUCUGGGGGCCCUGUCGCUGCUGCUGGGAGCGCUGGUUCUGCUGGUGCUCUUGGCCGUGGGCAGAAGGAAGGAAGAGACGGAGCCGGCCGCGGGGUUAGCAGUUCCAGAGGAGAGCAGUGCAGUGAAGCCCUCUGCGGUGAAGAAGCUGAAGCAGGAGAAACAACAGCGGAGGAGCAAAGACAAGAGCACCCAGCACACCUUUUCACACCCUCUGCUGGCCGCCACACUCAAGGCCCACAAUGGGAACGUGACCUGCCUGGACUUCAGCAGUAAUGGGAAGUACCUGGCCUCCUGUGCAGACGACCGCACCGUGCGCAUCUGGUCCACCAAGGACUUCACGGACAGAGAACACAAGUGUCUGAGGGCCAACGUAGAGCUGGACCAUGCAGUGCUGGUCCGGUUCAGCCCGGACUCCAGGGCCUUCAUCACGUGGCUGGCUAAUGGAGACACCAUUCGGAUCUUCAAAAUGGUGAAGAAGGAUGACGGAACGCUGAGCUUUAAAGCCACUGCGGAGGACUUCCCUCAGAAGCAUAAGGCCAGCAUCAUCAACAUCGGGAUUGCAGAGACAGGUAAAUUCAUCAUGAGUGCCUCGGCAGACACCACCAUCCACAUCUGGGACCUGAGAGGGGACAUCCUUGCCACAAUCAACACCAACCAGGUCACCAACAGUUACGCCGCUGUGUCACCCUGCGGCAGGUUUGUGGCGUCCUGUGGCUUCACUCCAGAUGUGAAGGUGUGGGAGGUGUGCUUCGGAAAAGGAGGAGAGUUCCGGGAGGUGAUCCGAGCGUUCGACCUGAAGGGACAUUCUGCGGGGGUGCAUGCCUUCGCCUUCUCCAACAACUCUGAUAGAAUGGCCACAGUGUCCAAAGACGGCACAUGGAAGCUGUGGAACACCGAUGUGGAGUACCGCAAGCAACAGGACCCCUACCUCCUCAAGACCGUGCCCUGCUCCUCCUCUGAGGGCAGCCGGGUGGCGCUCUCUCCCGAUGGGCGUGUGCUAGCCGUCAGUAGUGGUAGCGAUGUUUGCCUGUACAACUGUGAGAGUGGAGAGCUGGAGGAGACGCUGAGCUCGGUGCACUCCUCUCCUCUGACCGACCUGCGCUUCGACACCACAGGGCUAUUCCUGGCCUGCAGUGGGGACAGAGCCAUCCGUGUGCUGCAUAAUGCACCCGGGCACCGCGCUGCCCUUGCACACCUCCGCAUGCUGUUAAAGAAGGCCCAGAGCGAUGCCAUGAGGGACAGACUCACACAGCAGGUGGAGGAGGCCGAGCGGGCUCUGAACAUGCUGCUGUCACACACACACACGCAGCAGCUGCCGUAGGCUCGCUGCACAAUGGGGCCUGAAUUACUCUAUAGUUUGAAGGAAAUAUCCAAACAGACAAAAUGUAUUUUCUGUUUAGGAUUGGGUUCACACAUUUAAUCCUGUGACCUUUCAACUGACACUUGUGCCUUUGUCUUUUAAUGAGAAAAAGGUUUGUCAUUGUCCGUGUUCAAAGUGAGAAACUUGGAAAUUGCUUCGGCAUAAAAUGUUGAAUAAUCUAAUAAACUGUAAAUUAUGUUAAAAUAAAGUCAGGGUGAACUUGCCACUAACCCUAAGAAUAUAUUUCACCUUAGUGACCAUUUGAGCUGACACUAAGACGCUGAACUUUGUACCAGUUUUUGUUUGUCAUAGACGCAGUAAUUAGAGCUUAACCAUGAACCAGUUCCAAACAUUUCUCACAAUUAAAAGGCAGAUUCAACUAUAAAACUCUGUACUGCCCUCAAACUCGAUUUUGAGUUCUGAUCAUUUGCAAUGUUAAUGUGAACCUGACUGUUGAAGAGACAUAUCAGGCCGAGUGGACUUUGAGUUAUUCACCCUCAUUCUGGAGUGGUUUAGUUUGUGUGUGGUGUGAGGUUGUCGUCUUGGUUGAAACUUGCUCCAUGUGUGUCUGACCAAAUGGGUUAUUACCAGUUUUGCUUGCAGACACUAUUUUUUAGACUUUUCCCCAUUGUUUCCAGCAAAGGGAGACAACACUAAUCCAAGUGUUUUCUUUAAAAGUACAUUAGAGGGCCUAUACCUGAUUUAAAGCAUGACUCUGGAACAUGUUUUAGUUUGAAUGUUUAGCCCCGCCCACUUAGUCAUUUCUGUCUUUGUGAUAUUGCACCAUAACACAGAAACUACUGUGUGGAAUAGUGUUGUGCAGUUGUUUCCUUAAAAUUUUCUGUCUUUGCACUUUGUUAUAGAAUACAUUUGUUAUCAAUCAAGUGUUUGGGAUUGUGUCAGGCAGUUUGUUACACAUGAUUCUCAGAAACAAUGUGCCUGACCCUGUUCCUGUCAGUAGCUUCUGUUUUUGUUUUUCACCUGCUUUGUGAAAUUAGUAGAUUUUUUUUUUUUUAAGUCUUUUUUUCUUAUUUAGAAGCUUUAACCAAACUGUGUGACAUAAAGAGAAGUUCUCUUGAUCAGGUACAGGCCCUCGAAGUGAUCAAAUGUGACAUACCAAAAGAAGUCUGUAAAGAGAAUAAAUAAGUCUUUCCUUAAA